GCUAAAUUAUUUAGUCAAAUGUUUACGUAAUACGUAUCCUCUGUGUUGUUGUCGCGUUUUCGUGUGUUUGUAAAAUUAUACAAACUUUGCAAUAGUUUUAUGAUGGCAAGCGGAUAUGGUAGCUAUGCACCUCCACCUUAUUCUUCAUCUCCACCAAAUUACGGAGAAAACGAAAGCUUGAUUGAAAACAACCAUUCUGACUAUGACUCGGCCGGAGCGUUCACGGAGAAAUCGAUUCGUGCAGGUUUUAUAAGAAAGGUUUAUUCUAUUCUUAUGUGUCAACUAAUGGUCACAGUUGCCUUUAUUGCAUUUUUCUUGUAUUGUAAGCCUGUGCAAGAGUUUUCAGAGGAGCAUGUUGGGCUUUUCAUUGCUGCUGCAGUCAUGUCUUUUGUUCUCAUAAUUGCUCUUGCAUGUUGUGAAAAUCUCAGACGAAAGUAUCCUCACAACGUGAUUCUUCUAAGUCUUUUUACUCUUUGUGAAGGAUUUCUUUUGGGUAGUGCUGCCAGCCGGUAUGAUGCAGAUGCUGUUCUCAUGGCUGCAGGAAUAACGACAGGUGUGGUUCUGGCCAUAACAUUGUUUUCCUUCCAGACUAAGUAUGAUUUCACCAUGAUGGGAGGAAUGCUCUUUGUUGCAUUGAUUGUUCUUCUUCUGUUUGGAUUUUUAACAAUCUUCUUUCACAGUCAGAUUGUAAAUCUUGUGUACGCAAGUCUUGGGGCUUUGAUCUUUUCUUUGUACUUGGUAUAUGAUACUCAGAUUAUGAUGGGUGAUGGCAAACAAUAUUCAUUGUCUCCAGAAGAAUAUAUCUUUGCUGCACUCAAUCUUUAUCUUGAUAUCAUUAAUUUGUUCCUCUUCAUUCUCAGAAUCAUUGCCGCUGCUAGAGACUAAACUAAUGAAUGCAUUCAAUUCUCUGGUAAACUUCAAUAUUUUCGAUCUUUAUUGAGUGAAAUUCUCUUGUUUUAUCUAAAGAUAAUCUGUGCAAGUGUUGUACUUUCAUGUUUUAAGAAUAUUCAAAAUAUCUAUUUGUCACAUUGCUACUUUGAUUAUACAAGCAUGCAACGAUUCUUACCAUGAAUCAAAAUGCAAAUGAAGUAAUAAGAAAUGUGAUUGGUUAACUCCUGCGUGUAGCACUGUAAUAGUCAUCUUUAGAAAUUUUCCUAUGUAUAGUUGUAGAUUUAACGUUCUGUAUAUUAUCAUGAUAUGUAUUGUAAUAAGCAGAUGCGCAUUUAAAGCGUCACUGCAUCUCGUGCACUUUUCAUUCGUUCUUUCUUAUAUAUAUUGCAAUAACUUUAGUUUUAAACAAUGAUUAAUGUUUAAAGUGAUUUCGUUCUUCAAAAUCUGUCGUAUGCUGGCACCCAUCUUCUGUAUCCCAGUAAAUAAACUAAGUCAUGGAGUGA